AUGGCCCCGAUUGCCCAGAUAGAGUACUUCAGAAUUCCACCACGCUGGUUAUUCGUGAAGAUCACAGAUGCCAACGGAAAUUAUGGCUGGGGAGAGGCGUCGCUUGAAGGUCAUACGGAAGCCGUGGAGGGCUGCCUCGAUGCGUUUGCUCAGAGGUUCGCGGGCAUGGACGCGGAUGACAUUGAACACAUUUGGCAGCACGGAUACAGGAUGGGAUUCUACAGGGGCGGGCCGGUUCUUAUGAGCGCUUUGUCUGGCGUGGAUAUAGCGCUCUGGGAUCUUAAAGCAAGACGACUCGGUCUCCCAAUAUAUCAGCUUCUCGGCGGCAAAGUGAGGGAUAAGCUCAAAGUGUACGCUUGGAUUGGUGGUGACCGUCCAGGGGAUGUUGAGGCACAAGCCCGGGCAAGAAUAUCACAGGGCUUUAAAGCUGUGAAGAUGAACGCCACCGAAGAUCUGUCGUGGCUUGACUCACCCCAUGCUUUGGACACUUCGGUUGAGCGAUUGAAGACCGUCAAGUCCUUGGGGAUUGACGCCGGUGUUGACUUCCAUGGCAGAGUCCACAAGGCAAUGGCGCAACAGCUCGCAUACAAGCUUGCACCGCACGAGCCCUUAUUCAUCGAAGAGCCGCUCCUGUCUGAGCAUCCGGAAUCUGUCGCAGCAUUGUCCAAACUUGUCCCGAUCCCUAUCGCCCUUGGAGAACGGCUACAUAGCCGCUGGGAUAUCAAGCCGUUCCUUGAGUCCGCCUCAGUCAGCAUCCUGCAACCAGAUAUUUGCCAUGUCGGCGGAAUUUCCGAGAUUCGUAGGAUCGCCACGAUGGCAGAAGCUUAUGAUGUAGCAUUGGCCCCCCAUUGUCCGUUAGGCCCUAUUGCCCUCGCGGCAAGUCUUCAGGUCGAUGCUGUUAGUGCCAACUUUGCUAUCCAGGAAAUGAGCUUGGGCAUCCACUAUAAUGCUGGAUCAGCGGAUAUUGACACGUAUAUCAAGAAUCCGGAGGUUUGGAAGGUGCAGGACGGAUUGAUCGACCUUCUAAGUGGACCAGGCCUGGGUAUUGAGAUUGACGAAGAGAAAAUCAGGGCAGCUGCUGUGGACGCUGUCGCAUGGCGCAGUCCGCACUUCGUGGGACCUGGAGGAGAACUAAGGGAGUGGUGA